AUAAACUUAAGAAUUAUCAUCACAAGUGUUUUUAAAUAAUUUUUUAUUGCUAAAUUUGUUCGUUAAACAUCAAUGAAAAUGAACAUAUGAGUAAUCCCACUGUGGAACAAGUGCAUACACUCCUAACAUUCCUAGCAGAGCACCAGGAGUUAGCUCGUGGCCACUGUAGAAAUGCAGAAGGGCGAACAAGAUCCACCCAAUUAUGGGUUCGUCUCACAGACGAACUCAAUGCAUUGGGUGGAUGCACUAAAACUGUAAAGCAGUGGCAGAAGGUAUGGGCUGACAAAAAAUAUCUAACUAAAAAAGCUGCUACUGCUGCUCGAAGGUCUGCCACAGCCACUGGGGUAGGGCCAUCAUCUGCUGAUCCUUUAAACCCAAUACAGUGCAGAAUAUUGGGUAUUAUGGGAGAGGGCUUUGGAGAACCUCAGUCGGAUGCACAUGUUCCUGCAUUUCCAGAGGUAUGUUGUAAAACCAUUACUAAAAUAGUGCUAACUGUUAUCUCUAGACAUAUAUAACAUAAUGGAUGUCAUCAAAAUACAUGGUGACUUCCAUAGUAUUCCUCAUGCAUUACCAUUCCUUUUAUUUCUGUAUAUAAGGUACCUAAAUAGCCUUUUCCCACCUUUCAAACUGAAAUACAGCUAUGCAAGAACAGCUGCUUCAUAGCAGAAAUAUGAG